AUGUCUGCACUGCACCUCUGGGUUCCAUGGCUCCUGUUCAUGUGGCAGCUGCUGUGGCUGCAGGUCCAGGCAGCUCAGCCUCUGGAGUUGGCCCUGGACCUUGUCCUGAUGACCUCUAUCCUCCCAUGUCCCACCGAGCCCUGGCCUUGUGAUCAGCAAAACCCUUCUGAAAUGGUUGGACUUGAGUCAUUCCAACAGGAAGCCUCAACUCUGCCUACACAAGCCCUGGAGAAAAUGGAACCUUCUCCAAGCCCUCAGGAGGCUUCAGCUCAGCUUCUACCCCAAGAAGCCCCAGCUCCAUCUACAGUGUCCUCUGAGCCGUUGAAAUUUUUGUCAGUCCACCAAGAAAUUCCAGAUCAGCAUCCACCCUACCCUGAAUAUGUUCAAUCUUCAAUCCAGCAGAGGAGCUCAGCCCUGACUCAUGUGUGUCCAGCCGGCGUACAACCUUCUCCGGUCCAGCAGAAGGUUCUAGCUCAGCCUCCAAAGUCCUCUAUGGAUAUCGUAGCUCAACCUUCAGCACACCAUGAGGUGACCGUUUCACCUCUACAUUCAGGUGAAGUUCAGCAUUCAGUGUUGCCUAUUAUCAAUGUUAAAGAUGUGGAUCUGGGGGUUUUGAUGACUUCACAGCCCUCUAAGAAGAUUGAACCACCUGCAACUGAGAAGGAGGUCUUAGUUCAUUCUCCAAAGUCCACUGAAGAGGUCAAGCCUCCAUCCCAGCAGGAGACCCCAGCUCAGCCUACUUCAGAGGCUGAUGCUACAGCCCUGCAGCAGACUACAGCUUCUCCAAAGCACCCUGAAGUGACACUUCCACUUCCAGAGCUUGUUCAGGCUCAGCAGCCAACGCUCUCUGAAAUUGCAGUCCAAUAUGUGAACCUGGGGCUCACCAUCACUCCCAAACCUACUUCAGAAGCUGAUGCUACAGCCCUGCAGCAGACUACAGCUCCUUCAAAGCACCCUGAAGUGACACUUCUGCUUCCAGAGCCUGUUCAGGCUCAGCAGCCAAUGUUGUCUGAAGUCACAGUUCAGUCUGUGGACCUGGAAGUUGUCAAAACUCAGCAUCCAGAGUCAUCUGAGACAGUUCCUCCAAUGACUGAACAGAGUGCUACUGUGAACAUAUGUGAGCUCUGUACUUGCAGUAAUGGGACACUGUCUUGUAUUGGUCUAGGCCCAAAGCAGAGACUUCACAGAGUGCCUGUGCCAGAGCCCAACACCUACAAUGGCACCUUCACCAUCUUAAACUUGCAAGGAAACUCUAUUUCUUACAUUGAUAAAGAUACAUGGAAGUCAUACCACGUGGUUGAGAAACUAAUUCUCAGUGGAAACAAUUUGAGAGAAUUACACAAGGAUUCAUUUGAAGGCCUGCUGUCCCUCCAGUAUUUAGAUUUAUCCUGCAAUAAAAUACAAUUUAUUGAAAGUAAUACAUUUGAAUCACUACCUUUUUUGCAAUAUCUAAAUCUUAGUCACAAUUUAAUCACAGAACUGAGCUUUGGAACGUUUCAGGCCUGGCAUGGAAUGCAGUUUUUACACAAGCUGACUACUAGGCAAAGGUUGUACCAGCAGAUAAAAAUGCAUUAUUCCAGUUACUCCGUUGGGCGUCAGCGUACUGCACAAUUUAGUGAGUUAAAAACCCCCACAAUUUAG